AUGAGUUUUUAAGUGAAUUCAAGAAAUUUAUCAACCUAAAUAAAGAAAUCUGAAAUAAUUCCAUAAAGUUCUACUGGGAAUGCUAUUACUCAGAAGUUUGCUUAGAUGUUGGAAGACUAGGCUUUUUUGAAUAAAGUGCUAGACUUGAUUAAUAGUCUAUUUUCAUUUAUUGUGAUAUUUUAAUAUAUUUAUUCUACCUACUCAACUUCUAUCUGGUCAGUAGAUACUUGGCCUAUAACAAGUACACUUUUCCAUGCUUAUUUCUUUUUUGAAUGGAUAUGCCGUAUUCUCACUUCUAAAGAUAUAAAUAAAUAUAUAAAGUCUUGGGAGAGUGUAGCUGAUUUAAUAUCAAUCAUUCCAUACUUUGUUUAUAAAUUUGUAACAAAUUCUUUUAUAUAUGAAGACUACAGCGACCCUUAUUUAUUAUUGAUUAAUUUACUUUCACUUACAAGGAUAAUGAGACUAUAAAGAUUGCUAAUUUAUAUAGAUAAUGAUACUUUAAAAGAGCUAUUUUAAAUUAUUCUUGCUGCUCUUAGUUUGGUCAUUCUAGCUUCAGGAAUACUCCAAUUUACUUAGAGAAACUCAGUAGGGAACAUAGGUUCAGGAAAAAAUUCAAACUAAGACAUUGAUCUCAAUACAUUACCUUUCCAUUAUUAUAUUUAUUUUGUCAUGAUAACAAUAUCCACUCUUGGAUAUGAUAAUCCAUUUAAUAAUAGUGUUAUCAGAAUUUUAAUUAUCUUUUUACUCAUCUUCUCAUUCAUCUUUGUCCCUUAAUAUAGUUCUAAAUUAAUUAAUCUCUUAAGCAAAAAGAGCUUUUUUGCAAGAAGAAGUUAUAAGGUAGUUGAAUCAGUUUCACAUGUUGUUGUUACAGGAGUUGUUUCCUCAACAGCAGCAGAAAAUUUUUUUUAAGAGCUGUUUCAUUAAGAUCAUGGCGAUUAAGCAAAACAUGCUUUGCUUCUUUUACCACACGCUCCAGAUGGGUAGCUAGAAAAUCUAUUAAGUAAUCCUAAUUUAUUCUACAUGGAAGGCUAACCUUCAAAUGAUAAUGAUUUAAAGAGAUGCUAACUUGAAAAGGCUAAAUCUGUGAUUAUUUUAUGCAAUAAAUAAAGUUCUGAUCCUCAUUGGGAGGAUUCGUAAACAAUUCUUAGAGCUAUGGACAUGAAGAAGUACUUAAAAUCUAACAUAAGAUUCUGUACAUAACUUUUAAGGCAAGAAGGAAAAACACAUUACUACCUGUCGCUAUAAGAAACAUAGUCAGAAUAAAUAGAUUAAGUUAUUUGUAUUGAAGAACUUAAAAUGAGCUUAUUGGCUAAAAGUUGUCUGUGUCCUGGAUUAAUUGCAUUAGUAAAUAAUUUAAUAACUUCUUCUGGCAGCCCAACUGAUAAUUUGGAAUACAAAUGGCUCGAAGAUUAUUGGAAAGGCUAAGGAUUUGAAAUAUAUAAGGUCCUUCUAAGUCAUAAAUAUUAAGGGAGAACUUUUUCAUAAGCAGCUUUAAGCAUUUAUAAAAACUAUAAAGCAAUUUUAUUUGGAUUAGAAUUGAUUUCUACAGAAAGCAGUAGACUUUUUUUAAAUCCUGGUUCAAUGUAUAUACCUUCAACUUAUGAGGUUAUUGGAUAUAUUAUAGCAGAAGAUAAAGAGACUGCAGAUAAUAUCAGCUAAAGCAAAGGAUAAAAUGAAGAAAACGAAUUUUAAGAUGAGGCUAUGAAUGUAAGAGAAGACAUUAUAGAUUUCACUAGAAAAUUUUAUCAAAAAAAUUCCUCUCUAAACUCUUAAAACACACCUCCUAAAGAUACUGAAAUGAAACUAUUUACAGAUGAUGACUAUUACAACAAUGACUAUGAUAGUAGCUAAAUUUAAGAUGAACAAAGAGAGGAACAUUUAAAAAAUGCAAUUAUUACUGGUGAUUGGAAUAAAAUUUAUGAAAAAUGUUAUACUUCUAAAGAUAAAAUUCAUCUUAAAGAUGUUUCAUUUGAAUCCCUCGAAAAUAAUAUUUUAGCUCAGAACCAUAUCAUUCUUUGUGGUGCUGUUGAUAAUUUUAUUAAUUUUAUAAUGCCUCUAAGAGCAAAACAUUUAGAUAACUACCCUGCUAUUAUUCUUUUAAAUGAUAAGGAGCCUACUGAAAAGGCUUGGAAUCUAGUUUCGCUGUUCCCAAAUAUUUAUUUUGUAAAAGGAUCAGCACUAAAUUAAAGGGAUUUAAUAAGAGCUAAUAUUUAAAAAGCACAAACUGUUGUUAUCUUAGCUAGUGAGUUUGAGUAAAGUUUUUAAGAUUCCAACAAAGAAUAUGAGAAUGAGGCAAAAAAGAGCAUGGAAUUGACAAAAGAAUAAGAAGAUCUUUUAGACGCUAAAACUAUUUUUAAAUACAAAGCUGUUUAGAAAUUGAAACCAGAUAUACAAAUCGUUACAGAAUUUGUCAAUCCUGCAAAUAUAGCAUUUCUUUCAAGCGAUCCAUCUGAUUACUCGCUUUUAAAAAAGUUUGGAUACAAUCAUACUCCUCUAUUUGCAUCAGGAGAGAUUUACAUUUCAUCAAUGAUGGAUAGUUUAAGUGCACAAGCCUUUUAUAAUCCUGCCCUAAUAAAAGUUCUCAACCUGAUUCUACUAGGAGAUCAUUCUCAUUAGUAAUUUUGGAAAAAGAAAAAAUUUGAUAAGUCAUUUAACCACUAAAACAGUAACCUUUUCCACAUAAAAAUACCUAAGGCAUUCCAGGGAAAAACAUUUGAGAAAUUGUUUUGCUUCCUUGCAGCAAGAUAAGACAUAAUUGUGAUUGCUCUUUAUCGACUAUCUCUUUGUAAAGAUAACAAAUUGCCAUAUGUCUGGACUAAUCCUGAUCCAGAAACAAUUCUCACAGAUAGAGAUAUAUGUUUUAUUUUUUCUUAGACACCUCCAUAAGAUUAUAUGGAAUGGGGAGGUCCUUUAGAAAAGAAUAUUUAAUAAAAAAGAAAGAAAAAACUAAAAAAGCAUACAAGUGAUUCGACUUAAUCUGAAAACGAAGAAGUCCCUAUUAAUUAUGACGAAAUUGAAAGAACAAAUGCUAAUACAAGGCAGUAUAUUAAAGAUAGUGAGUUAGUGAGUUAGAAAAUAAAUUAAAUAGCAGAGAAAAUUGCUUAAGUCAAAGAAAAUUGUAAAGAUUUAGAAUUAAUGAUAUAAAAUAGGCAGGAUUAAAUAAUAGAUCAGCUAAAGAAUGUCAUAUAAGAUGAGUUAAAUAAUAUCGUCAAACAAAAAUAAUAAUAAAAUAUAAUUCAAUAGCAAUAAUAACAAUAACUUGCUUAGAUGUAAUAAUAAUCAUAAGAAGAAAACAACAAUCAGUUAUCAGAUUAAUCCUCAUUACAACCUAAUGAUGAUUAUGACUAAGAUAAUUAUGAUGAUAAAAAGGUUCGUUUACUUAGAAAUUGA